AUGGAGGAGACGGAGGGAAGUAAAAGACUUGCCAGCUUCUCCCACAAAUUCAUGGCGUACCUGCUGCCGGCUCUUUUCAAGGUUGUGACGACAAGAACUUGUCGAGGGAGCAAGGAGAGGGAAAUCGAGAAGAUUGUGAGAUAUGAAGUUGACAUGGCGCUGGUUGUAUCAGCGAGUGGCUUCUCAUGGAGCUGCGCCCUAAAGGAGAAGCUAGAGCGAGGAAACAAGGAUCCGUUCAGCAUGGUCGAGUUGUUUUACGGGCUCUGGGCCUGUCCUUUAAUCACCAGGCCGUUGACUCCGGCGAACUGCCCCAUGGACGCUGACCUUGAGCUCGGCAUGCACGAGCUUGUCGAGUCGAGGGGAGCCGGGUCGGUCCCAAGCAAGGAGUGGAAGCUGGCCGGAGGAGACGAGGAAGUGCAAUACUUCGUAAGGACUCUGAGGAGUAUCCUACCCGGUGGCGAGGAGAUGGGAGUGGGAGAGUUGGUCUCUGAGGUGGAGAGCUAUGUCGUUUGCCUGAAGAUGCAGGUGAGUCUUCUCCAGUCUCUCCUCGACGUCCAGCUCGGCUACUCCGAUAUCUGCGACUCCUGA